CACACCUAAAACCUGCAGGACACCGGCCCUUGAGACCUGGAGUUCCCCAACACUGAUGUAAAUAUUAGAGAUAUCCAUCUCACUGACGUACCCCAGAGCAUUAUGAGUGCAAAGCUGUGGACAGAGGAGCAGUUUAACUGCCCCGUGUGUCUGGAUCUGCCAAAUGAUCCUGUCACCAUCCCUUGCGGUCACAGCUACUGCAUGGCCUGCAUUAAGGACUACUGGACUAAAGAUGACCCCAAAGGGAUCUACAGCUGCCCUCAGUGCCGUCAGACCUUCUGCCCCAAGCCCUCCCUGUCCAGGAACACCAUGCUGGCAGAGGCUGUGGAGCAGCUCCGCAAAGGAGCCCUCAAAUCUGAAGUGCGUCAAUCCAUGCGACUCGCCAAAGAGAAGCUUUCCUCCUCGGUCGUACCAUGUGACAUGUGCAAAAAUGAAAAACGAGCUGCAGUCAAGAGCUGCCUGGUGUGUAUGAGCUCCUACUGCGAGGCCCAUCUGAAGCCUCACCAGACAAAGAAAUCCCUAAAGCAGCAUGAGCUCAUCCCACCGACAGGCAACCUGGCCGAAAAGAUCUGCACCCAGCACAAAUACCUGCAGGAGUUCUUCUGCCGACAGUGCAAGAUGUUCAUCUGCUGGCUGUGCACCAGCAACCAGCACAAAGGCCACGAGAGCGUGUCCACCAAGGUCGAAAGGCUGGAGAAGCAGAAAUUGCUGUCCGACCUGCAGUCAGCGAACCAACAGAAGCUGAAAGAGAGAGAGCAGGAGCUGAAAGACAUGAAGAAGAUGAUGGAGCAGAUGAAGUGUUCUGCUGAUGUGGUGCACAAUGAAGCGGAGCAGGUGCUGUCGGAGCUGCUGCACUCCAUGGAACGUCUUCAGGAGCUGCUGGAGGAGGUGAUGGAUCAGGCCAACCAGGAGAAGAUGGGCCAUGCACAAGAAGUUACAGAUAGUCUGGAGGCUGAGAUCAAGGAGCUGAAGAAAAGGGACACUGAGAUGAAGGACCUGGCAAGCUGCGAAGACAACAUCUACUAUCUGCAGACGUACGAGUCUAUGUGCAGUCCUCUUGAGUCUGGGGAUCUGCCAGCUGUGAAAGUCAAUCACGAGGCUUCCUUUGAGCCUGUACGAGAUACCAUCCUAGGUCUCAAGGAGCGAGUGGAAGAUCUAUGCAACCAGGAGCUGGGCAAGAUCACUAAACAAGUGAAUGACACAACACUGUUCGCUCUGGGAGACUCCAACCGAAGCGGACAGAAAGGAGGGAUUUUAAAAUUGUUUUCUGGUCUCAGUGCCCGCAACACAAACGCCCGUCCACAGGGUAUGUUUGCUUCUACACCCACUAUCUCAAUUGGAGGGCGAAGUACAGACAAACGAGGACUUGGUAUAGGACUCAGGACUCAAGAUGUGAGGAGCAGAGACACAGCACGAGACAGAGCUAACACAAGCUCACCCAGACUGCAGGACAAACAGAGGAGAGAAGACAGAGAUGCAUUGAGGGAGCCUAACCCCAGAGCCAGCACCAGAUCCAACAUCAGCAUCGGGUCCAGCAUCAGCCACAGACUGAGCCCCAGAGCUAGCCCCACCCCCAGCCGCAGAGAAACUCAGUCACUCUGGAGUAGGUCUAGCCAGAGCCAGGCCACAACUCCUACUCCAGUCCCAGCCAGCCUCACUCCUGCUCCUACGCCUGCUCCUGCUCCUGCUCCAGCACGGGCAUCUACUGGACAUUUUAGUCGAAUGGCGUCGAUCAGCAGCAUCUUCCGCUCCAAUCGCCGUGGCACCAGCCAGGCUACUCCAGCCGCACAGGCCAGCAACACACCGUCCGCAGGAGGAAAUCCAUGGGGCAUGGCUGAGCUGUCUGAAACUCCCACAGAAAUUAACCCCGGUCUCUUUUUGGAUACGCCCACUCCGGACUCCAUGACUCACGCUCCGGCUUUCCCCGCCUUGAGAGAAAUCAGCCUUGACAGUAUUCAAGCCCCGGAGCCGAGGACUAGAGAGGAGUUCCUGCAGUACUCAGUGAGCUUGACCCUCGACUCCAACACGGCCCACAGGCAGCUGACGCUCUCUGAGAACAACACUAAAGCCGCCCUGCAGGGGACAGCCCAGCUUUACCCCGACAGCCCCCAGCGUUUUGAUGGCUGGACCCAGGUGAUGUGUGACAGUCCGCUGUAUGCCCAACGCUGCUACUGGGAGGUGGAGUGGAGAGGCCGGGGCUCCUCAACCGGCAUAGCUUACGGGGCGAUGGCCAGGAAGGGCUCGGACGCCAGGUCAGGCCUCGGAUACAAUGCCCAGUCCUGGACCCUGGAGCUGUCGGACACCUGCUGCACAGCCAUGCAUGACAAUCAGAAAACGGACAUUCCGGUCGUGUACUGCCCCCGUGUGGGCAUUUACCUGGACCUGUCCGCGGGAACGCUGUCGUUCUACAGCGUCGCAGAGAGCAUGACCCACCUCCACACCUUCCGAGCCAACUUUACGCAGCCGCUUUAUGCCACCUUCUGGGUGGGGAGCGGAAUCGGGGUUGGGCUAGACUUCAGUUCAAGUUCUGAGAGCAUCAAGAUCUGCCCCCUGUGAAGACCAGAGAGUUGGUAAUUCACUGACUGACUUCAGAGCUGAACACAGGAAAAACGCAAGUGUUCCUGCUGAUUGUUAGAAUGACACACUGACUGAAAUUAUUUGCAAAGUCAUCUAUAAAUAUAUGUAUAUGUGUACAUAGCUUAAAUGCACUUAGUUAGCUUCCACUAUUCACAAAAAACAAAGAGUGCACUGUUUUUAGCAAACAGGAGAUUUCAAUGCCACAGAUUUUGGGUUGAGGCUGUCACAAUAUCAGACUGCAUAGUUAUCAUGGUGCUGAUGCCAUGUCUUCUAUAGAAAGAGAAAAUAAUCUUUAACUUUAUUUAUUCCACUUUUGUAUUUAGUUUUGUUUUGUUUUUUGGGGGGGAUCAAGAUGUUUGGGUAACCAGGUGGGUGCAGGUGGUGGUUAUGACUGAGAUAUCAAAUGAGUAAAUGUCAUUAUCAGAAUGUAAAAAGCAUCAGCAAAGUGUAUAAGGGCUAAAAUAUUUUUUGAAAGAUGGUAUUUCGAUGUUGUGCCUAAUAAAGAAAGUAAUAAUAAUGCUUGACUGAAGUGU